UUCUAAGCUUCAAUAAUUUAUUUCGUAGUAAAUUUGUAUGGCCAGCUCAAAUUGGAAUGUUUUUAAUAGUCUUUUAUUCCGCGAGCAAUUAAAAUUUUUGGCGCUGGAAGUAAUAUUGACAACCCUAAAUUAUCGAUGUUUUCAAUUGAUUAGAAGAAGAAGAAAACGCACAUUUUUUGUACCAUCAACUUGGGCCAGCAACAGAUAAGCUACUGUCUUGCACCGAAUUAAAAGACUACUCAACAGUUAGAAAAGAAAAAAGAAAAAAAAAUAUUAAAGCAAUGCCGCAGCCACCGAAAAGAAGCAAAGAGACUGAUUCUGACCCAACAACCGAAUCCAAAGACGAUCCCGAUGAUCGACCAUCGACAUCGCAAUCCAGCACAACUAGCUUGAUUGAUUUCACAACGGCAGCGUUCCGCAACGUAGUAGCGGCCACACGAAGUUGUAAUGCCUUUCCCCAAGGUAAUGCACGCGACGUAUAUCUCAGCUACCCGGGCUAUGCACGCAUGCUGGAGGAGCAGUCGCAGCGAGUGCUGGGCCUGAUUAACAAGGUGCUCCAAGCAGAGAAGGUCGCCGGCGACAUUAGACGGCGGCAAGGUGAGGAAAAGCUGGAAUUGGUUCAGGAAUGUAAUGAUAUUCUUUUCGAGCGUAUCACUACGAAUCUAGACAUAAAGAGCGGCCAACGACGCGGUAAUCAGCAGAUGGUGGUCGAAACUCAAGUGGAUGUUCAGUCCGCAUCGAAGGCAACACCAACUGCAACAACAAUAACAAAUGAGUCGGCAACACCGCGUGCUGGCAGCUGGAAUCGCAUCAGCAGCUCCACUAUGGGCACACCAUCACGUAGCAUGGUCUCGGCCCGUUUGUUUACGGCGCCGAAUAUAAUGCGGCCACAGAUGCGUUUCAAGGUGCCGGUCGACAAUAGUGCCACGAAUCCGUUUCAGCCACGUCUUACUGAGAAGCCGAAUUCGCUGAAACCGCUGGCCCUGCUGCCCGAAUACGAUGAGGCCGACAACAUUGUGUCAUUUCUCCAUCCGUAUGAGUUUGAACUGCUGAAAUUCGAGCCGGCUAAAGAGCAGCUGCAGAAGCAAAAUCCCCAAAUGCCCGCUCCUCCUGAGAAAACCGAACUAAUGCUGGUGGACAGCGUGGAGAAGUUGCAGCAGGCGCUGGCUGAAUUACGUCUGGCACAUCAGAUUGCCAUCGAUGUAGAGCAUCAUUCGUAUCGGACAUUCAUGGGCAUCACUUGCCUGGUGCAAAUGUCGACGCGCACAAAGGACUAUAUAUUCGAUACGCUGAUAUUGCGCGAUGAUAUGCACAUACUGAAUCUGGUGCUCACAGAUCCCAAGGUGCUUAAGAUUCUACAUGGUGGCGACCUGGAUAUCGAGUGGCUGCAACGCGAUCUUUCCCUUUAUAUAGUCAAUAUGUUUGACACGCAUCGCGCUGCAAAGGCUUUAAAUUUGGCACGAUUAUCGCUGGCAUUUCUGCUCAAAUUCUACCUGGAUAUGGAUGUGGAUAAGAGCUUGCAGCUGGCCGACUGGCGCAUGCGGCCACUGCCACAGAAACUGAUUGACUAUGCGCGCCAAGAUACACACUAUCUCAUCUAUAUAUACGAGCGCCUGGUCAACGAUCUGCUCCAAUCGGAGCAGGGACAGUCGCAUUCUUUGCGUAUGGUUUAUCAGCAGAGCACGGACAUUUGUAAGAAACGCUACACAAAGCCGUACAUUGGACCCGACUCUCAUCUGGACUUGGUGCGCAAGACAAAGCGCUCCUUUGACAACCGUCAAUUGUACGCUUUGCGCGGCAUCUUUACUUGGCGCGAUGCGACCGCCCGACAGGAGGACGAGAGCUAUGGCUAUGUACUGCCCAAUCAUAUGAUGCUUCAGAUUGCCGAGAGUUUGCCGCGUGAAAUGCAAGGCAUUCUGGCCUGUUGCAAUCCCAUACCGCCACUGGUGCGUCAGCAGCUUCACACGCUGCAUCAGAUCGUGCUGCGGGCGCGUGAGCAAUCCCUGAUCAAACCCAUCCUAGAAGCAAGCUGCGGCCCACAGGGAUCUGUGAAGCUAGCACCGAUCACCAAGGACUUUAGCAGCAAGCUGAAUUGCCCGCACGACUUUUCGCACCAGGAAGAGACGAGAGAUGAUCUACCCACACUGCUUGGACGCAGCACAGCGACGGGGAAACUGCAGCGACCAGACCAGCCAAGACUGGAAGCGACUUUGGUGUCGUUGAAGGCGCCAGCGCUUUCACUGUUCCGCAAAUCGGCGAAGCCAACGCAGGAGGAAAAGUUGCGCUGGAUGCAUGCCCGCAAGGAGAGUCAGACGAUGCGUAUGCCCUACAAGCGUUACCUGGCCAUCUUGCCACUCAUGCAACAGGAGAAAAUUGAGCAGGCCGCACGUGAGAAUAGUGAGCUACUUAAGCGACGUCUAUGCCCCGCGGAGCCGGCACCAGAAUCCCUCAAAUUAGAACUUGAGCCAAAGGAGGAGCCGCCACAGGAAGAUGCUACAUACAAUCUACCACUGAAAGAGCAGCUAAAGCGAAAACAUCUGCCAGCAACGCCAUCGGAAACAUCAAGCCAGGCAAAACGCAACCGAAAUGAAGAUGACGCCACUCCCAGUUCGUCCAAGUCGAAGAAAAGGUCAAUUGAAGAGACACAUAAUGAAGACGAUAGUGCCGACGAUUCGGUUGUUGAAGUUCCUAUUGAAAGGAGUGCCUCGGAAAAUCCAGUUCCUGCGCUGAGCAAGCGACAGCAGAAACGUCAGCAGCAGAACCAACGAUUUAAGGCCAAAUCACGAAUGCCGGCACAAAGCUCAAACCGAGCUGUCCAGUUGCCAGCCACGUCUGCAGCGCCACAGAACUUUGACUAUCAAAAUGUCGACUUCCGGCAAUUCCAAGGUGGCGCGAAGCGAGCACAUGGCACGGAGAUCAAGGCACAAAUACAUGGAAAGAAUCGACCCAAUAAUCGCAAUAACAAGAAAUUCAACAAACUGUUUACAUUCAGCAAAGUGAAAAGUGGGAGAAAGUAAAUGACAGAGAAAUGCGAAAUUUUCGACAAAUUAAAUAAGUUAACCAAGUAAAAGCUAAGAAAUUAAA